CCAGCAAAAGGGAGUAAAAAAUAAUAUUGCAUAUCUGAUAAGGGCAAUUUGAUUUUUAUAUUCAUCGCGUUCCAGGGAAGUCAGUCAUAUAAGCUAGCGAUACUAAUUCUUCUUUGUCAUUUUCAUCAAUGACUAAAAUGGUGUUUAAUGAGUGGAAACCUGCGGUUGCAAUGCUGGGAGUUUAUUUUGCUUUUGCAGUUGUUAAUGUAGCUAUGAAGAAGGUACUAACUGAGGGUAUGAGCAAUUUGCUAAUUGUCACUUACAGGCAAUCCAUCUCCCUUAUUUUCUUGGUCCCCAUUGCCUAUUUCCGGGAGAGGAAAUACUGGAGGAAUAUCACAGCUGUCAUAUUGUGUGGUCUAUUUUGCAAUGCACUAGUAGGGGUCACACUUACUCAAUAUGUCUUCCUCACUGGACUCAAAUAUACAUCAGCAACAUAUUCUACUGCUUUCAGCAAUAUGAUCCCUGUAUUUACAUUUGUUUUGGCACUGCUGCUUCGGCAGGAGAAAUUGGACAUGAAAAAGAAAAGUGGAAGGGUUAAGGUGUUAGGCACACUUGUCUGUGUUGGAGGAGCUUUAGUUCUGAUACUAUACAAAGGAAGGAUUGUAUUGAAUGCUCCUAAAUCACCACCUAUUUUGCUUGAGAAAGCAAAGAAUGGGAGGAUAAAUUGGGCUAGCAUAAUUGGUUCCACAUUUCCACCUAUAGGUAAUUUUUUGUGGGCUUCAUGGUUUGUGAUGCAAGCUCGGAUUGGCAACAUGUACCCCUAUCAAUAUUCUAGCACGGCCAUGUUUUCCUUCUUCAGCGCCAUCCAGUCAGGCAUUCUGUGUCUUGUCAUUGACAGACACAUUUCAUGGGCUCUCAAAGGAUCAAUUCAGAUAUCGAGUCUCAUAUUCGCGGGAAUUGUGGGAUCAGGUCUAGGCUAUGUGGGAAUGUCAUGGUGUGUGAAAGAAAGAGGACCUGUUUUUACAUCAGCAUUUAGCCCUCUCAUACAAGUUUUUGUGAUCAUCUUUGAUGCCUCCUUGCUUCAUGAACAGAUAGGCCUCGGAAGCAUUCUGGGAUCCAUUUUGGUUGUUAUUGGAAUGUAUACUCUUCUGUGGGGAAAAGGCAAUGAAAUAGACCUUCACAAGAAUGUUCCGCCAGCAAAUCAAGAAAAAGAUGGAGAUUGCGAUCGCACCUUGCCAGUCACUGCACCAACUGCUGUCAGCCCAACAAAUUCUGUGCCAGUCACUACACCAACUGCUGUCAGCUCAACAAAUUCUGCAUGAAAUGAAAGGACUCUGUUCUUGUUAGAAAAAUAUCCUCUGCAUACUACAGCAACGGUGUUGAAUGUACAAGUGAAAACUACAGAAUGCAGCAGAUAUUUGUCGAUUAAAAAAAAAAGAAGUGGAAAAUACAGAACUUUUGGUGGAAAAAAAUAACAGGAUUGCUACUUCUGCCAUGUGAUGAUAUCUUGGUAGAAAAGGAAAGUUUUGUAUAGAUACAGAUUGUGAGUUUGUAAUUUACAUAAAAAUUGUAUAAGCAUGAGAUUUUAGAAGCUUUUCAACAGGCAGCUAUGAUAAAACUUUCCAUUUAUAUCCAGUUCGGACGGUUCUAGUUAAGGGUUCAAGAAAGGAGAAUGUUACAGACGAAAUGCAUACAUUGA